UUGCUUCGCUUUAUAGGCGUUCGAUUUUCGAUAAGAUAACUCCAAAUCCACCACGGAACAAAAAUUGACAGUAGGCCCACGCGUUGAUAGAGACAGUGUUGGAUCGGGACCCAUGCCGACCAGAGGGCAGAAGUUGACUCGAAAUUCGGACUUCCUUGGCCUGUAGUUCCCCCACCAUGAGCUCGAUUGUCGGCGCCGAGGCGGCGGGCAUUGUCGAGCAGCUGAAGCAAUCUGUGGAGGCGAUUGUGGCCAAGACAGGACCCAGCAGCAAAUUCGCACAGGAUCUGGUUAAGAAGAUCGGCGAUAUGCAAAACAAAUUGGAGUCGCUCACCGAGGCCGAUCGGCACCUGUUCCUCGUGGAAAUGAAGGGCAAAUUCGAGAAGACCAUUGAACGAAUCGAGGAUAGACUGACUCAGCACGCACACAUCGCUCAGACAUACUCUAGUUCCAUUGUGGCAGCAGUGAUAUUUCUCCUCGUCUCGAUAUUUGCUCUCUUUGGCUACAAGCUGUACAAGUCGCUGACGGAAAAGGAGCUAAAGAAGCAGGAGAAGUUGAAGAGCAAGCAGCAGAAGAAGGCAAAGAAGUCAAACUAACCCCCUGGCCGCCCGGAAAUGCUGACAAACAUAUAGAUUCUCCCGGAAAUGUAUCCUUUUCCAACUGUUAAUCAAUACAAAGGCCUAAAGGCCCAACGGCCCUGUAAAUGACAAAAAUUAUCGCGUACCAGUAAACGUAAUAAAUUAAUUAUACCACACAAUUUA